CCUAACUACUCUUUCUCUUUCACUUACUUCGCCCACUUCCUUCAAACUUCAAAAUAUAUCUCUAAUGGAAGCCAAAGGUUACACCCAAGAUGGAACUGUCGAUCUUCAUGGCCGCCCCAUACGUGCAUCAAAAACUGGGAAAUGGAAAGCCUGUGCUUUCCUUGUUGGCUAUGAAGCAUUUGAGAGGAUGGCCUUUUAUGGAGUACAGUCAAACUUAGUGAAUUACUUGACAACCCAACUUCAUCAAGACACAGUUUCAUCAGUAAGGAAUGUGAAUAACUGGUCAGGAUCAGUGUGGAUUACACCAAUUCUUGGUGCUUACAUAGCAGAUUCUUACAUUGGUCGGUUUUGGACUUUCACUGUCUCAUCCCUCAUAUACGUCAUGGGAAUGGUGCUUCUAACAACAGUAGUUUCACUCAAAAGCCUGAAGCCAUCAUGUACAAAUGGAGUCUGCAUCAAGGCCUCUGCUUCACAAAUUUCCUUCUUCUACUUAUCCCUCUACACAAUAGCAAUCGGGUCGGGUGGAACAAAACCCAAUAUAUCCACCUUUGGGGCAGACCAGUUUGAUGAUUACAACCCCCAUGAGAAAGAGCUCAAGGUUUCAUUCUUCAACUGGUGGAUGUUCAGCUCUUUCUUGGGUGCUUUAGUUGCCACCAUUGGCCUUGUUUACAUUCAAGAGAAUUUGGGAUGGGGUUUAGGCUACGGUAUCCCGACAGCUGGGCUUCUCUUCUCCAUAUUCGUUUUCUACAUAGGAACCCCAUUCUACAGGCACAAAGUUCGGAAGAGCAAAAGCCCUGCAAGGGAAAUGAUUCGAGUCCCUAUCACUGCCUUCAAAAAUAGGAAGCUUCAACUACCAAACAGCACCUCACAGCUUUAUGAGUUUGACCUCCAGUAUUACAGCAGUAGCGGCAAGAGACAGGUCCAUCACACCCCUAUUUUCAGGUUCCUGGACAGGGCUGCAAUAAAAGAUGGUAGCAUGGAUGCGUCAGUGCCACCAUGCACAGUGACUCAGGUAGAAGGAGCCAAGCUGGUGUUGGGAAUGAUCCUGAUAUGGCUUGUAACGCUAAUUCCCAGCACUAUUUGGGCACAAAUCAACACUCUUUUUGUCAAACAAGGCACCACCUUGGACCGAAGCCUAAGCCCAACCUUCCGGAUUCCAGCAGCCUCACUAGGGAGCUUCGUGACUCUCUCCAUGCUCCUCUCCGUCCCUAUGUAUGACCGCUACUUCGUGCCCUUCAUGCGUCGCAGAACUGGAAACUUUAGAGGAAUCACGCUGCUUCAAAGGCUCGGCGUUGGAUUUGUCAUCCAAGUCAUGGCGAUCGGAGUUGCUUAUGCUGUGGAAGCCAGGCGGAUGCAUGUCAUAAGAUUGAACCAUAUAGUAGAUCCUAAGGAAAUCGUCCCCAUGAGCAUAUUUUGGCUAUUGCCUCAAUAUAUUCUCUUGGGCAUCGCCGACGUGUUCAAUGCAAUUGGGUUGCUGGAAUUCUUCUAUGAUCAGUCUCCAGAAGACAUGCAGAGUCUUGGGACAACGUUCUUCACAAGUGGGAUUGGCGUGGGCAACUUCUUGAACAGCUUUCUGGUGACAAUGGUGGAUAAAAUUACAGGAAGGGAUGGAGGGAAGAGCUGGAUAGGCGAUAAUUUGAAUGACUCCCACUUGGAUUACUACUAUGGCUUCCUUUUGGUCAUCUCUAUCCUUAACCUUGGAGCCUUUUUGUGGGCAUCAAGUAAAUAUAUUUACAAGCAGGAGAUCAUAGAAGCCAAGGAGGGUCGUCUUCAAAUAUUGGAGGCCAAAGCCUUAGACACGUCUCCUCUAAGCUUACAAGUAUAAAAGGCCGUUAAUUAGCAGGACCACAAUUGAAUAAACGAUUUGUGUGGUUUUCAGCUUCUUCUUCUUUUUCUUUUUCUUUUUUCAUUGUAGACGUUGUAAAUUAAUCAAUAAAAUUUCAAUUGUCCAAA